AUGGCGCCCGCGACUGUCACAAUCGAUUCCAGCGACGACUUCGUCAUGCCCGUCCCAAAGUCUGUUCAGUCUACAUCGCCACCCAAGCGAACUCUCCUCCUGGCACCUCCGUCCCUCGCUGCCAACUCGGACGCCCUCUCCUCCGUCCUCGCCGAUUAUGACCGCUCCGUUACCGAUCUCCAGAUGCUUGACCGUCUCUCCGUGGGAUUGGUCACUCUGCCUGCCUCGACCUACGAUCUUGUCCUAGUCCUCUCCGAUGCGUCCUCCAUGCUCGGCGAGUCUCUCGCUUUGAUGAAUAGAACUGUUCUGGGUCCUGUCGCCGAUUCACUCAAGCCUGGCGGCCGUCUACAGUCUCACGAUGGCAACAGCCUGGAGGAGUCCACCUUGUCAAAGGAAGCGGUUCUGGCCGGUCUUGUCUCAUCGCGGGGUGGUUUCGAGAAGCCCGACUAUGGCGACAAUGACGGAGCUGUUACCCUAAAGUUUGGCAAGAAGAAGACACAGCCCGCACCUCUUGCAGAUGGUUCUGUUCCUCUCAACCUUAAGAGGAAGCCUGUUGAGGCCACCCCCAAGCCUGUAGUCCCUGCUGGUGUCGGUUUCAUCGAUCUGGAGGACGAUCUUGACGACGACGACGACGACGACGACGACCUCAUUGAUGAGGAUACUCUUAUGACUGAGGAGGAUCUCGCCAGGCCCAUCAAUAUCCCUGCCGAAUGUCAACCCAAGGCUGGCAAACGCCGCCGUGCCUGCAAGGACUGCACUUGCGGCUUGGCUGAACGUCUUGCCGCCGAAGACGCCGACCAGCGAGCCACGGCCGAUAAGCAACUCGAGAGCAUUAAGCUGGGAACCGACGACCUGGCCGAGAUCGACUUCACCGUGCAGGGCAAGGUUGGCUCUUGUGGCAACUGUUCGCUUGGCGAUGCUUUCCGAUGCGACGGAUGCCCUUACAUCGGCCUCCCACCCUUCAAGCCAGGUGAAGAGGUUCGACUGCUCAACAACGACGUGCAACUGUAA